CUCCCGGGGCGGCGGGGAGGUGGCGGUGCGCCUGCGCGACGAGCGCUGUGGCAGCGGCGGCAGCGGCGGGGCCCUGCGUGUGAGGCGGCGGCGGCGGCGGCGGCGGGCGACCUUCCCCUCAGCGGCGAGGCAGGCAGCGCGGGCCCCGCCCCCUGUCAUGGCAGCCGUCCCCUCAGCCCAGCCGCGGCCUGUCCGGGCGGCGGCGGCGGCGGCGGGGGGCUCCCCCAGGCCCGUCGGGUAGGCCGAGGCGGCGGCGGCGAGUCCCCCGCGGCCCCGCGACGCGCCUCCCCCGCCGGGCCGGCCUGAGCGGCGCGCUGCGGCCCUGCCCGCGCCCUUGGAUGUGGGAGAGGAUGGAGGCCAAGACGGUGGUCUACGACCUGGACACCACGGGCGGCCUCAUGGAGCAAAUCCAGGCGCUGCUGGCCCCUCCGCGGAGCGACGGCGGCGGCGGGAGCGAGAAGCGGAGCCGGCGGCCGGAGCGAGGCGGCGACGGGCACCCCGCGCACCACUUCCACCAGCAGCAGCAGCAGCAGCACCCGGCGGCGCCGCCCCUCCCGCAGCCCGGCGGCGGGCCCCCGCACGGCCUCCCCCCGGCGGCGGCGGCGGCGGCGCCCUCCCCGGCGGGAGGCCUCCCCGGCGCGCCCCACCAGCACCACCCGGCCUCGGCCGCCGCCGCCCAACGCCGCAGCGGGCGCGCCACGAACCACGACAGCUGCGACAGCUGCAAGGAGGGCGGCGACCUGCUCUGCUGCGACCACUGCCCGGCUGCCUUCCACCUCCAGUGCUGCAAUCCUCCGUUGAGCGAGGAGAUGUUGCCUCCCGGAGAAUGGAUGUGCCACCGCUGCACCGUGCGAAGGAAGAAGAGAGAGCAGAAGAAGGAGCUCGGUCACAUGAACGGCUUGGUUGACAAAUCCGGCAAGAGGACCUCGUCUCCCACCAGCGACGCCGACUACCUGGACCGGGCGGGUGGUGGGAGCCUCCGGACCCUCCCCCACGUCCGGCUCUUGGAGCGCAGAGCCAGCCGGCCCGGCACCCCCACCUCCAACACCAGCACUGACACCCCCAACUCGGAGCAGAACGACCUGGACGAGGACAUCAUUGACGUGGACGAGGACUCCGCCCCCGGGGGGGAAGCCGAGGGGGGGCAGCCUCACCUGAAGCGGCCCUUCGAACUGCUUAUCGCGGCCGCCAUGGAGAGGAACCCCACCCAGUUCCAGCUGCCCAACGAGCUCACCUGCACCACGGCCCUGCCAGGUACUAGCAAGCGGAGAAGAAAGGAAGAGACCUCCGGGAAGAAUGUCAAGAAAGCACAACACGAGCUGGACCAUAACGGCCUGGUUCCCUUGCCGGUCAAAGUCUGCUUCACGUGCAGCAGGAGUUGCCGGGUGGCCCCCCUCAUCCAGUGCGACUACUGCCCUCUCCUGUUCCACAUGGACUGCCUGGAGCCCCCCCUCACGGCCAUGCCGCUGGGCAGGUGGAUGUGCCCCAACCACAUUGAGCACGUGGUGCUGAACCAGAAGAACAUGACGCUGAGCAACCGGUGCCAGGUGUUUGACCGCUUCCAAGACACCAUCUCUCAGCAUGCGGUGAAGGUGGACUUCUUGAACCGGAUCCACAAGAAGCACCCACCCAACCGCCGGGUGGUCCAGUCGGGGAAGAGGAAGGGCCUGAAGGUCCCGGAGGCCAUCAAGUCCCAGUACCGGAUCCCACCAGCAUUAAUGGCGCCGGCGGCCAUCCGAAACGGGGAGCUGAUUUGCAACGGGUUUUCCGAGGAGUCUUUGCCGAAGGCCCCCGGCAGCGCUUCCCAGCACUUAGCCGCCCAGGCUGAACAGCAAGAGUGGCUGUGCAGCAUCGUGGCCCUGCAGUGCAGCAUCCUCAAACACUUAUCGGCCAAACAGGGCCCUUUUUCCUGGGACGUGGAGCAGCUGGAAAAAGGGGAUGUCAAGCCGGUGCUGGCGGCCGACGGCUCCCUGGCCAGUCUGUACCGCGCGGCGGACAAGCCCACCCCUCCUUCCGCUUGCCCGGCUUCUUGCCCCGCGGGGCUCAUCCCCCAGAACUCCUUGCAGGACGAGACCCCCUACCCCUCCUCCGCGGACCGGCCCAAGAAGCCUCCCCCCUGUGGGACGUCCAACGGCCUCGGUGGGGCCGCCGAGGUGAAAGUCAAUGGCCCCAGCUUCUAUGGCGAGGCCUCGGCGCCCACCUCCUCCAGGCUGAGCGGGCCGGGCGGGCCCGGGUCUCACCGGCAGCAGCCCUGGCCUCGGCCCACCACUCCCCCGGCGGCGUACGGGCUCCUCAACCACGUGGCUGGGGCGGUGGUGAAGACGGAGAAGGCGGCGGGGCCCGUCUCGUGCCCGCACAAGGGCGCCGUGCCCGUCGCCACCCUGCUGGCCUCCAUCCCCAGCUCUUGCUUCGGCCUGGAAGCUGCCACGGCGUGGCCCCCGAAGAACACUCAGGCGCCGAUCGGGCCUCUGCUCACCACAGAUCUGGGCGCAGCGGACUCUCCUGUCUCCGCCACGUGGGCCCUCACCCCCCACCCAGCGGCUGUAGGGGAGGGGGGCUCCGCCGUGGGCCCCGCCCACGGUUUUUGUUCGUCAGCCCCGCCUCCAGAUGGAAAGGUCAGCCCGGAUCCCCUUCCUGGUUUAGCCACCCCUUCCUCGCUCCCUUCCAAUUCUUCGGCCGCGGUGGACAUUGCAGGUCCCGUGAAGGCAUUAAUCGACGGCAGCGGAGCAGAGAUCGAGAUCGGGAUGCUGGACGAGAAACUGAUCAAGUUCCUGGCCUUGCAGAGAAUACACCAGCUCUUCGCCUCCAAAGCUCAGCCCGCAGCCGACCACGUGGGAAGCCCCCCGCCCACUUCGGCCAGCAGCCCUGCCGAAGGACAGAGGAAGGAGGUGCAGGCCCGGGCGGUCUUCUACCCACUGCUGGGCUCGGGCAGCGCGGUGAACAUGUGCUACAGGACCCUCUACAUCGGGACAGGAGCAGACAUGGACGUGUGCCUUACAAACUACGGUCACUGCAACUACGUCUCGGGCAAACACGCCUGCAUCUUCUACGAUGAGAACACCAAACAUUACGAGCUGCUCAACUACAGCGAGCACGGCACCACGGUGGACAACGUCCUGUACUCGUGCGACUUCUCCGAGAAGGCGGCGUUCAUCCCGCCCAGCAGCAUGGUUGCCAAAGUGCAGAGCGUGAUCAAGCGUCACAAGAGCCGGAAGCCGCCGGAGGAAGAGCUGCCUGCCCCGCCGGCCAGCGCGGAGCCCGUCGCCAUGCGCGCCCAGGCCCAGGGCCAGCCCCAGCCGCCCUGCAGCUGCAGAGCCAGCAGCUCCAGCCUGAUCGGGGGCAGCGGGGCGGGCUGGGAGGGCACGGCCCUGCUGCACCACGGCAGCUACAUCAAGCUGGGCUGCCUGCAGUUCGUCUUCAGCAUCACGGAGUUUGCGACCAAACCGCCUAAGAUGGACGCCUCGGCCAUGGCCCAAGAGACGGACCUGGAGGACAAGCUGACCCCCAAGAGCCACCAGGCCCUCGUGCUCCGGUCCAAUUCAGUGCCAUAGGAGCUGUGGGUAAGGGGGGGAGAGAAGGCCCUCCCCUCUUCUCCCCUGCAUCAGAGACACACGCCGGCCGCGUCUGUCCGCGUUAUUAUUAUUAUUAUUUUUUUUCCUCUUUCCUACCCGGAGGGCCGCAGACUUUGGACGCCCUUUGCAUGAAAUGAAGAACUUUUAAAAAAAAAAAUUUUUUUUUAUGGUUUGCUCAAGUUUUAGGGGCAUUUGCACAUAUAUUUGUACUAUACAUUUCAUUUAAAAGACAAAAAAAAAAAAGGAAAAAAAAACCCACAGGAUUCUGCCACCUGCGGAGGCCGUGCUGGCCGGAGGAGGGGGGGCGGCCGGGGGGGGGGUGUUGCGGCCCACGGCAAGCGCUCCCUCGCCGUUGUAAAAAUAAUUGAAAAAAAAAAAAAAACUUGUUCUAUUUUGUGCCAGUGACAAUAGUUUUUAUAUUGAAAAAAAAAAGAGAGAGAGAAAUACAGUUUUCAUACCGCAAAAUCUAUACAACUAUCAUUGUUUUAUUUAAUGUAAAGAUGCACUCUUUCCCCCCCCCCCCCCCGACACACACACACACCAUGCUGGUGUUUUUUUGGUUUUUUUGUGUGUCCCCCAUGCCCACAUCCUCUGCCUCUUCCCCUCCUGGACAGGCAGAGUCAAGGUCUACCCCCCCCCCAGCAUCGAUCCUUCCCCCCCCUCCCAGUUUUCCGAUGACAAGAAGUAUUUUGGGCGCUGUGUAAAUACAUCAACUGACGGCAUUUUUCAAUGUUUUUUAAAGCUGUGUACAGUGGUACAUGUGGUAUGACGUUGCCUCCGGUUGUCUUAAUUGUAGCGAAGCGUUUUUUGUCGUGACCCUGUUUAUUCACCCUUUUGUUCCAACGCUUCCCCCCUCCAACCCCCCCUCCACCCCACCCAUCCUGUUCUCUCAGCAGCUGAGUUCUAAUGUACAGAAGUAAUUGCAAUGUUUUAGCUUUUACGGAAACUUUUUUCCUGUAUUCUGUGUAUAAAACUAGAAAAUACGGCA